GACUAGACUAUGCACUAAAGUCUAGUCUAAAAAGAAACGACAGCUGGAUACUCUAAAAUGGCCAAACAACAUGGAACUUUACCUGGUUUCAAUGAUAUGAACAAUUUACACUCAAAAGAAGAUGGAAAUGAAAGGAAAAUGAAUAGUUUUAAUUUUGUGAGUUUUCUUAGACGUAAUGCUUUUGUUGUCCUCACACUGACUGCUGUGAUUAUAGGGGUUUCCCUUGGGUUCUGGUUAAGGACUUUUGACAUGGCAGCCCAGGAAAUUCUGUACCUCAGUUUUCCUGGAGAGCUGCUCAUGCGAGUGCUGCAGCAGAUGGUGCUUCCAUUGAUACUAUCGAGUUUAAUUACAGGGAUGUCUUCUUUGGAAAACAAAGUUUACAGCAAAAUUGGACUUCGAGCCCUUGUCUAUUAUGUGGUAACUACAGUUACUGCAGCGUUCACUGGUAUUGCCCUGGCCUCUAUUAUACAACCUGGAAAAUUGUCCAAAAUAUCUGAAAUGUCCUCAACUGAAAACACUGAUGCUCAAACAGUGGACUCCUUUCUAGAUUUACUCAGGAACAUGUUUCCUUCAAAUCUUGUGGAGGCAUGUUUUAAAAAGUACAAAACUGAGUAUGUUGCAACUGAGAACCAAGUUGUACUCAAUAUAACUGAGUGUGGAAAUAUAACUGAGACUAUACCAGUCCCAGGGUCUUCAGAUGGUUUAAACAUAUUGGGGUUGUUGGUCUUCUGCACUGCAUUUGGUCUUGCCCUUGGUAGUACAGGAAGCAAAGGACAGCCACUUAGAGACUUUUUCACCUGUCUGAAUUCAGCCAUUAUGAACCUAAUCAACAUUGUCAUAUGGUAUAGCCCAGUGGGAAUUAUCUUCUUAUUGGCUGGUCAGAUUUUAAAGAUUGACAAUUUAGCAGAUAUAAGCCAUGGAGUUGCCAUGUACACCCUGUCUGUGAUUGUUGGCCUGUUCAUUCAUAGCUUUGUCACCCUUCCUCUCAUAUAUUUCAUUACCACCUGGAAAAAUCCCUUUAAAUUUAUGCUUGGUCUUCUCCAGGCUCUGACCACUGCUUUUGGCACAUCAUCCAGCUCUGCAACCCUCCCUGUUACAUUUUACUGUAUGGAGGAGAAUAACAAAAUGGACAAACAGGUAACACGCUUCAUGCUACCAAUCGGAGCCACAAUGAACAUGGACGGUGCUGCACUUUAUGAGGCUGUAGCUGCUUUAUUUAUAGCACAAGUGAAUAAUAUUAACUUCAGCAUUGGUCAGAUUAUAAUCCUCAGUUUCAUAGUCACAGCUGCCAGCACUGGUGCAGCGGGGAUCCCACAGGCUGGUAUGGUGUCUAUGCUGAUUGUCCUAACAUCAGUUGGACUACCUGCAGAAGGCAUAUCUCUCCUCAUGCUCGUGGAUUGGCUUUUAGAUCGGUUGAGAACUGUUACUAAUGUGCUGGGAGACUGUAUUGGCGUAGGGGUCGUUCAGCAUCUGUCUAGACAUGAACUGCAAAGGCAAAGUCCAGCUGAGUAAUUGUUUUCAAUCUACAAAAAUGUGACUUGUUAUAAUCCCCCUGUGUAUGACGAUUCAAAAUAUUUCCUUUCAGAUUAAAAUGUUUUGCACUUGUAAAUCUUGACAAUCCCACAAGCCGAGACUUGGCUUUCAGCAGCAAUUUUAACUUCAGUCUUUAUCUUUACAAUUACAGCAUAAUUAAGAACAUUUACUAAAGGUCAUAAGCAUAUGUCGUUAUCUGUAAAAAAAUAAAUAAAAUAAUAAUAAUAAUCUAUUUAUCGUUGCUGCAGCAAUGACAAUGAAUACAGUUCCCUUGUCGUUUCUACUAUUUGCAACACUCUAGCACCUUCUUGUGGUGAACUG